AUGACCCUUACGAUAACGAGAAACAUAUCAACCCCUGCUUAUCAUGUGGAGCUUACCACUCGCACUCCACUUGUCGAUUCAGUAAUGCCAAGUGCCAUCCGUGUGGAAAAACUGGCCAUGUCCGGAGGGUACGCAAACAGCCAAUCAACCCAUAAGGACACAUGCCUUGUGCUUUCCUUACGGACUCAAAGAAAAUGUUCCAACAAUGCUGGAGGCAUGAAGGUUCAACCGAUUAAAUUGGAAGUUGACGGUGAGCUAAUCUUCAUGAAACGACGUAUGAUCCCAUAUGGUCAACGUGAAGGUGUGUUGAAUGACAUCAAGAAAAUGGAGUGUGUUGGUAUCUUCACUCGUCAAGCGCGUGGACAACAAUUGUGGUAG